CAACAACCCCUCUAAAACAUAUGCUCAUUAUGCCGGCUCAACAAAUAAUACACAUGAUGUGGUUGACGAGAUGCAGCCAGGCAUGGUGGAGGAUGAUGGUGAUGAGGAUAUCAUAUUUGAGGAUGAUGAAGAAGAAGAUGAGGGGGUACCUAUUUGCAGGACAAGAAGACGAUGCUGACGAAGAUGAUGAGGUCGAUAUUGGUGAUGAUGACCCUAAUGUGAUAGAGAUUCCAGAUCCUUAUGCUGCGAUUUAUGCAAAUGUUCCAUCAGAGACUCAAAUGUCCCCGUUUAAGCAAAGAAGUUUGAGCCAGAACCACCGGGGUUUUGUUGCCGUAGUUGGAAGAUACAUCUUUCCACACCUGACACAACCCCAGCCCUAAUGAGAUUGUGGACAAGUUCGGAUCC